AAAGAGUGAAACUACAUUUCCCAGCACCGCGUGCGCCGUUCCGCUUCCGGGACCCACAGGCAAGAUGGCAGCAGCCGAGGAGCACGAUUCCUCCACAGAAACGCUUCAGACAGCUGCGGAGGAGGAGGAAGCUAAAACAUUUAAAGACCUGGGCGUGACAGAUGUAUUGUGCGAAGCUUGUGACCAGUUGGGAUGGGCAAAGCCCACCAAGAUCCAGAUUGAAGCUAUUCCUUUGGCCUUGCAAGGCCGUGAUAUUAUUGGGUUGGCAGAGACUGGCUCUGGAAAAACAGGUGCCUUUGCUUUGCCCAUUCUGAACGCGCUGCUGCAGACUCCCCAGCGGCUGUUUGCUCUGGUCCUCACCCCUACUCGAGAGUUGGCCUUUCAGAUCUCCGAACAGUUUGAGGCACUGGGGUCCUCUAUUGGAGUGCAGUGCGCUGUGAUUGUUGGUGGGAUCGAUUCAAUGUCCCAGUCACUAGCCUUGGCCAAAAAACCGCAUAUAGUAAUAGCCACUCCAGGCCGACUGAUUGACCACUUGGAAAAUACCAAAGGCUUCAACUUGAGAGCUCUGAAGUACUUGGUCAUGGAUGAAGCAGACAGGAUACUGAACAUGGAUUUUGAGACAGAGGUUGACAAGAUCCUCAAAGUGAUUCCCCGAGAUCGGAAAACAUUUCUCUUUUCUGCUACCAUGACCAAGAAGGUGCAAAAGCUUCAGCGUGCAGCUCUCAAGAACCCCGUGAAGUGUGCCGUGUCCUCUAAGUACCAGACUGUUGAGAAGCUGCAACAGUAUUACCUCUUUAUUCCCUCUAAAUUCAAGGACACCUACCUGGUUUAUAUUCUCAAUGAACUGGCUGGCAACUCCUUUAUGAUAUUCUGCAGCACCUGUAACAAUACUCAGAGAACAGCUUUGCUACUCCGAAAUCUCGGAUUCACUGCCAUCCCCCUCCAUGGACAGAUGAGUCAGAGUAAACGCCUUGGAUCUCUUAAUAAGUUUAAGGCCAAGGCUCGUUCCAUUCUUCUAGCUACUGAUGUGGCCAGCAGAGGUCUGGAUAUACCCCAUGUGGAUGUAGUGGUCAAUUUUGACAUUCCGACUCAUUCUAAGGAUUAUAUCCAUCGAGUGGGGCGAACUGCGAGAGCUGGGCGUUCUGGAAAGGCCAUUACUUUUGUGACACAGUAUGAUGUGGAACUCUUCCAGCGCAUUGAGCACCUAAUUGGGAAGAAACUGCCCGUGUUUCCCACGCAGGAUGAGGAGGUUAUGAUGCUCACAGAACGUGUGAAUGAAGCCCAGAGAUUUGCCCGAAUGGAGUUAAGGGAACACGGAGAAAAGAAGAAACGCAAGCGAGAGGAUGCAGGAGACGAUGAUGAUACCGAGGGCGCUAUUGGUGUGAGGAACAAGGUGGCUGGGGGAAAAAUGAAGAAGCGGAAAGGCCGCUAACGGCUUCAGGGAGACAGGACUUCCGCUCUGAGCUUGAAGAGAUGGAAGGCAGCACUGACCCCUCCCCUGUGACGGCUCGGAGCCCCGAAUCUCCAGACCCGUCCAGAGGUCACUCAGCCAGCUGGGAGCUCCGUUUUCUCCCUGAGGGUUGGCAUUGCAGUGGGACAACUGUGACCGUGUUGACCCAGGCCUGACUGCUCUUCCACCUGCAACCCAAGGGCCUGGCUGACGAAGAGCGUCCUCUGUGGUUAACUGUAAACCUUUACAGAGGGGUGUAGACUAUCUCAGCUGUCAUCAUGCCUGGUCUGGAACAAUAAUUAUUAUUAUUAUUAAAAGAUGUAUUUUUAUUA